AUGGAUCCUGGUAAAGUGUAUUUAGUGAGUGUCGGCUCGUGGAAGAUUUCGUAUGUAGUUAAUCUAUUAGACUCUCACCGACGCAUUGUAUUGUACAACUUCUCCAACCCGCAGCUUAUCCACGAAAACGGACCUGCUAUCAAGAUUAUAAAAGGCCAUUUUGGCUUCAGGUACAACUGCACUGAAAGUCACACACUAUCGCCGAAAAGGAUUAGUUUAAAUGCCUCACAACAACCAGAAUUUACGGAGCAGGGGCAAAGACAUCUUCUGAAUGGAAUGGAAUUAAGACGCAGUUCAAGUCAAGUUACUAUCAUACGCGAGUUUGAGCUUCAGCGACCAGCACAAAAGCAAAACUUAGACGACUGUCGCAACCAUUGGUACGCUCAAACUACUGAUGAACAAGCCGGAGAGAUGAGUCAAAGAAUCAUGUACAAUGACCUGCCAUCACACGCAAGUUUCCAACGCAAAGAAAAUCGACUCUCUUCUAAAUCGGCCGAAGCUGCAGAUGAUGUCAAGGUUGUGCGAGACAUGAAUGAUCAUAGAGAGGUCUAUUAUUUGAUAAAACAUGAACCACCUGACAGCGAUUCAAAUCGACAAUACGAAAGACUUUGGCAAAAAGUUCCCACGCGAAAGUACUGA